UUGUUUUCUUGCUUUGCAGAGAGAAUGUUAUUGAAUCACUAAAAACACACAAUGAGGAGUUAGAACAUGCUGUGGAAAUGCUCAGGAAUGAAAUUCAGAGGAAGGAAAGUGAAUUUGAAGAAGCCCUCCUACAACUGAAAGAGCAGCAAGCCACAGGCCAACGGUUAACAAUUCGCGACAAUGUCACACUGAUCAAGCUGCACAAGCAGUUGGCGGAGAAAAGCAAUGAGGUUGCGGCAAUGGAAUCUAAAAUGCUGCAGCUCGACGAGAACCAAAGGCAUCUUAAAGUCAGCCAUGAUGCACUUAUGGCAAAAGGAGAUGAACUGAAUCUGCAGCUCAAGGAAGAGCGUUCAAAAUGCCUCCAUCUGGAGAGACAACUGCAAGCCAACACUUUUUCAAAGCGACGAUUAGAUGAGCUACAAGAUACAAUCAAUGAUUUGGAGAAAGAGCGGGACCUCCUAAAAGAAAAUUAUGAUAAGUUAUACAACAGUGCCUUCGGUGUGACCCAUGACCAGAAAUGGAAGCUGAAGGAGCAGCAGCUGAAGGUGGAGAUUGCUCAGCUCGAGGCUGCCUUAAAGUCCGAUUUGGUAGAUAAAAAUAACAUCCUGGACAGAAUAAAAGUGGAACGAGGUAUAUUGCAGGAAAGGAAGCUUAGGGUGUGAUGUGCACAUGAAUGG